AUGCCCCCCAAAGGGAAAAGCUGCUCCGGUAAAGCGGGGAAAGUGGGGGGAGCUUCUGGGAGUGACAGUGCUGACAAGAAGGCUCAGUGUCCCAAAGGUGGUGGCAAUGCAGUAAAGGUCAGGCACAUUCUGUGCGAAAAACAUGGAAGAAUCAUGGAAGCCAUGGAAAAGUUAAAGUCUGGAAUGCGAUUCAAUGAAGUGGCCACACAGUAUAGUGAAGAUAAAGCCGGGCAAGGGGGUGACUUGGGUUGGAUGACCAGAGGCUCUAUGAUAGGACCAUUUCAAGAAGCAGCAUUUGCCUUGCCUGUGAGUGGUCUAGAUAAACCUGUCUUUACAGACCCUUCAGUUAAGACUAAAUUUGGUUAUCAUAUUAUUAUGGUAGAAGGGAGAAAAUAA